AUGAAUACACUGCUGUCGCGGACGAACGCCAUCUUCGCGUUCACACUGUCUGUGUUGGCGUCGCUGACACUGAUGUGCGCCCUCUCGACCACAUUGAAAGAGUACAACCAAUUGGUGUCCGUGAAGAUCGUGGCGACCAAGAAGUUGGUGAAGAAUGUGGCCGACUAUUCGGCCGGAAGGGAGCGCAACGACUUGGGCUUCAUUUCGUUCAAUCUGGACGCAGACCUGACGCCCGCCUUCGACUGGAACACCAAACAGCUGUUCCUCUAUAUGACCGCUCACUACAAGACUCGCAACAAUGCACUCAAUCAGGUCGUGCUCUGGGAUCACAUCAUACAGAGAGGAGAGCCCACGAAACUGCAGCUCCGGAACCAACACACGAAGUACUACUUCUGGGACGACGGCAACGGACUGAAGGCCAACGACAACGUGACGCUAACGCUGUCCCUCAAUGUCAUCCCCAACGCAGGCCUUCUGCCCAUCUCUACCGUCCCGUCCAUCCAUUCCUUCUCCUUUCCCAACGAAUACAUCACUAAAAAUGCAUAA